AUUUAUGUAUUUUCAUUGGGAAAACAGGUCAGCAGAGUUCUUCCAUCUGCUGGUUUACUCCAGAAUGCCCACAGCAGCCAGAGCUGGGCCAGGCCAAAGCUGGGAGCCUAGAGCUCAGUCCUGGUCUCCCACAUGGGUGACAGCGGCACAGUGCUCGAGCCAUCAUCUGCUGCCUGACCAGUAGGCACGUUGGCAGGAAGCUGGAUUGGUGGUUGUGUGGCCUUGAUGUGAACCAGGUACUCUGAGUAUCCCAAGCCGUGACCUGACUGCUGCCCCAAACGCCCACCCCUAAGAAUGCUUUGUAAACGUCUUUCCUAAAUUACUCUUUGGAAAAUUUCCAAACACAAAAACAGCAUCAUGAAUGCCUGUGUGUACUACACCCACACUAACUGGUUGGUAACGCUUUGCUGCGUUUGCACUUCAGAAAUAUGUGUAUGUAAAAAUUACUUUUUCUUUUUUGGUUGAGCCAUUUGAGAAUGAGUCUAGAACUCAGAGCACUUAAGUGAUUUUUCUAGGAACAAAGCCUUCCUCUUAUAGAACUAUAAUGUAAUCAUCACACUUGAGAAAUUUAAUGUUGGUGCAAGUCUGUUACCUGAUACACAGUCUGUACUCCCUUUGUCCUGAUAAGGUCUACUGUAGCUUGUUUUCUCUGAUAAAGAACCCAGAACUACACACUGCAUUUAAUUGUCAUGGCCUUGUAGAGUUCAUUCAGGCAGUACAUUGGUCUAUCUUUGAUGAUACUGAAAUUUCUGAAGAAUAAGGGCAGUCACUUUGCAAAGUAUUCCUCAAUAAUUAUAACUAUAUUAAUAUAUUUAGGUUAGACACUUUUAGUAAAAAUGCUACAUAAGUUAUGCCACGUCAGAGGACAAGAUGUUUUAAAAAAAAAAAUUGAUGCUGGGGCCAGCAUUGUGGUAUAGCAAGGUAAGCUACCACCUGUGAUGUCAGGACCCCAUAUGGGCACCUGUUCAAAUCUCGUCUGCUCCACUUAAGAUCUAGCUCCCUGCUAAUGUGCCUGGGAAAGCAACAGAAGAUGACACAAGUGCUUGGGCCUCUGCCACCCAUGUGGGAGACCCAGAUGAAGCUCUUGGCUUCAGCCUGGUCCAGCCCUGGUCAUUGCAACCAUUUGGGGAGUGAGUGAAUUGGUGGGUGGAAGAUCUCUCUCUGCCCCCCUCUCUGCCUCCCUCCCUCUCUAACUCUGCGUUUGAAAUAAAUAAGUAAAUCUUUUUUAAAAAUUCAGAUUAAUUUAAAAAUUUUAACUUUUUAUUAGAAAAUACAUUGGAGAUGCAGAAAAGUGUGGAAAAUAGUAUCAAUAUUGGGACACCCACCAAACUCUUAUUUAUUUGAAAGGUAGAGACACAAGGAGAGACAGAGCUCUCCCAUCCCUUUGUUCACACCCCAGAUGCCCACAGUAGCCAAGGCGGGGCCAGGCCAAAGCUUGGAGCUGGGAACUCACCCUGAGUCCCCCACACUGAGGACAGGGACCCAGUCACUCAAGCCAUGGUCAAGAGGCCUCCUAGAGUGUGCACUGAUUAGCAGCAAGCUGGAAUCGGCAUCAGAACGUGCACGGAAACCUAAGCACUCCCAUGUGGAACGCAGACCCUGCCUGAGGAUUCACUGCUAUGACAAAAGCCCACCCCUAUUUUUUAAUUGAUGUAUAAUUUAUUUACAGAAAAAUUCAUUCCUUUUUGUGUAGACUUCUGUAUUUUGAAAAAUGCAUAGCAUCGUGAAAUCACCCCAACAGUCAAAAUGCAGAAGCAUUUCCUCACUUCCCCAUAUUCCCAUGAUGAAGCUCCUUUGUAGCUGUAUCUUUCUCUACCUGUAAUGCUUUAUAAAGAAGAUUGUUUUCUGCUGCUAUUAGUUUUUCUUUUCUAGAAUGUCACAGAAAUGGGUGCCUGCAGAAUCCCAGAGCAGUAGUGGCCUUUCACUGUGGCUUCUUCAAAGACGACACAUUGGAUACUGCUUUGUGUUGCUGCAUAGGGUCAGUGGCAGAGUAGUAUUCCGUUGUGUGCACACACAGCAGUUUAUACUCACAGGCCACUUGAGUUGUUUCAGUUUAGGGAGAUGAUGAACAACACUGCUAUAAUCUUUGCCUACAGGUAGUUGUAUGGACUCGAGUUCAUUUCAUUUGGGAGAAUAACUAGGAUGGAAUUGCUUGUGUUUUAACUUUAUGAGAAACUGAUGGACUGUGUUCCAGCAUAACUGCCUUUUUGCAUUUCUGUCAAAAAUGUCUGAGUUCCCUUUUUCUCUCUCUCACUGUCUGACUUUGCCUGUCUAAUAAAAGGGGGGGGGGGCGCAGCGCCGUGGCUCACUUGGUUAAUCCUGCACCUGCAGUGCCGGCAUCCCAUGUGGGCUCUGGGUUCUACUCCCAGUUGCUCCUCUUGCAGUCCAGCUCUCUGCUGUGGCCCGGGAAGGCAGUGGAGGAUGGCCCAAGUGCUUGGGCCCUGCACCCGCAUGGGAGACCAGGAGAAGCACCUGGCUCCUGGCUUCGGAUCGGCGCAAUGCGCCGGCCAUAGCAGCCAUCUGGGUUGUGAACCAACGAAAGGAAGACCUUUCUCUCUGUUUCUCUCACUAACUCUAUCUAAUAAUAAAAAAAAAAGUAUGAGUUCUAUUUGCUCUUCAUCCCUGUAUACAGUUAGUAUUGUAAGGUUUUUUGUUUGUUUGUUUUUUAAAGAUUGAUGAUUUUGACAGAGUUAGAGAUCUUCCAUCUGCUGGUUCACUCUUGAAUUGGCCACAAAGGUGGGAGCUGGGCCAGGCCAAAGCCAGGAGCCCCGACUCCAUCUGGGUCUCCUUUAUGGGUGCAGGGGCUCAAGCGCUUGGGCCAUCCUCCACUGCUGUCCCAGGCACAUUACAUUACAGGGAGGUGGAUUGGAAGUAGAGCAGCUGUGACUGGAACCCACGCCCUUUCUCCAGCGCCAGCCUCACCUGAUGGCUGUAGACUCACAGCUGAGACUUGGACUUGAGGUCGGAUAGUUGAAGAUCCAGAUUGCUUCUGGGUUAUUAUAAAAGGAUGUAGUCCCUUUUUGGAUCAUGAAGUCGACUAUCAAAAACUAAAUAGCGCCAUGAAUGACUUCUAUAACAGCAUGUGUAAAGAUAUAGAAAUAAAACCAUUAAUGUUGGAAGAAGGACAGGUCUGCGUGGUGUAUUGUCCGGAGCUACGGUGCUGGUGCAGGGCUGUCAUUAAGUCAAUCAUGUCUUCAGCAGACCAUUACCUGGCAGAGUGUUUCCUUGUAGACUUCGCCAGGUACAUUCCAGUAAAAUCUAAAAACAUCCGAGUUGCAGUGGAAUCAUUUAUGCAGCUUCCCUACAGAGCAAAAAAGUUCCGGUUGUACUGCAUGAAGCCUGUUACAUUGCACAUUGACUUCUGUGAAGACAGCGCCGAGAUUGUACCUGCCAAGAAGUGGGACAGUGCCGCUGUUCAGUACUUUCAGAAUGUCCUGAAAGCAACUACCCAGGUAGAAGCCAAGUUAUGUGCUGUGGAAGAAGACACUUUUGAGGUUUACCUUUAUGUAACCAUAAAAAAUGAAAAAGUUUGUGUUAAUGACGACCUGGUUGCAAAGAAUUUUGCUUGUUAUGUGUCACCCAUGGAGAAGCAGCAGCUGGAUUCUGUAGAGAAACCAAGAUUAAAUAUGAACUCAGCCUCCUCCAAGAAACUCAACCCAGCUCUUACUCUUUGGCCAAUGUUUUUGCAAGGAAAAUAUUUCCAAAGAAUGGAAGAUUCUCAUGGUUUAAAUUUGCUGACACAUUCUCUGCAGCAUACGAGGUGCAAGGAUGUUGUUGGUGACCUGGAGCCAACUGCUGCAGUGCUGGAUAAAGAUGUGAAUUGUAAUAUGGAUUCAUUGAGAGAUUCACCUAAAAAGAAAUCUGAAAAGAAACAGCAGUGCCUCUCUUUAAAAGAUGAAAAUAAGUGUAUUGAAUCUUCAGCAUACUGGCCAACAAAAAGAGGAAUAACCAUAUAUGCCGACCCAGAUAUCCCAGCAACAAGUGCUUCAAGUCAGAAACCAAAUGAGAAACCACUUUGCCUGGCUGAGAAGAAGGAUUAUGAUGAGAAGAAUGGCUGUGUGAAACUACUGCAGUUCUUAAAUCCGGACCCUUUGAGAGCUGAUGGAAUCUCUGAUCUACAGCAGUUGCAGAAGUUGAAGUCGGCUGUGCAACCGCCUGUUGCAGUGCUCUGGAACAGGAUCGAGCCCUGCUUGACCAUUGACACGUCCCCUCUUUCAGCAGACCUGAAAAAGACUCUUCAAAGAAACAAGUACCCUGGACCCAGCCACACGGAAUCCUACUCGUGGCCUCCCAUAGCGCGUGGCUGCGAUGUGGUGGUCAUUUCUCACUGUGGAAAUGACCCUUUGCUGUACCUCCCACCAGUUCUCACAAUUUUGCAAACGGGGGGCUGCUACAAGUCGCUGCCAAGUAGAAACGGACCUCUUGCAGUCAUCGUGUGCCCUGGGUGGAAAAAGGCCCAAUUAACUUUUGAAUUAUUGGAAGACUAUAGCAAGUCCUCGAGGCCUCUUCAUCCCAUGUUGUUAACAAUCGGACUCCACAAAGACGAAGCCAAAAAUCUGAAGCUGCCCAGGGGGUGUGAUGUGAUUGUUACAACCCCACAGAGCCUGCUGCGGCUGCUCACGGACCAGAGCUUGCUGUUUCUCAGGCUCUGCCACCUGGUCCUGGAUGAGGUGGAAGUGCUGUUCUCGGAAGCUAACGAGCAGAUGCUUGCUAUAUUAGAUAACUUUAAAAAAAAUAUUGACGUUGAAGAAAGAGAGUCUGCACCUCAUCAGAUCGUUGCAGUUGGAGUUCACUGGAACAAACAUAUAGCGCAUUUAAUCAGAGAGUUCCUGAACGACCCCUGUGUUGUGAUCACGGCCAUGGAAGAGGCUGCCCUCUACGGCAACGUCCAGCAGGUUGUGCACCUUUGCCUGGAGAGUGGAAAAACUUCUACUUUACUCCAAGUUCUUGAUUUCAUUCCAAGCCAGACACAGAAGACCUUGAUCUUCACCUGCUCCGUGGCUGAAGCAGACAUGGUGUCUAAGGUAGUAGAAAGCAAUUCAAUAUUUUGCUUGAAAAUGCACAAAGAAAUGGUUUUUAACUUAAAAAGUGUUUUGGAACAGUGGAAAAAGAGGUUGAGUUCUGGCUCUCACAUUGUCCUAGCCUUGACGGACGAUUGCAUACCACUCUUGGCCAUCACUGAUGCCACAUGUGUGAUUCACUUCAGCUUCCCCUCCUCGCCAAAAGUUUUUGGUGGACGCCUGUAUUGCAUGUCUGAUCAUUUUCAGAAUUUAACCGAACAGGGUUCUCCUGCAGAACAGGGAGACAGGAAGACCAAGUCUGUCUUGCUGCUGACGGAGAGAAACGCGAGCCAUGCCAUGGGCGUCCUGCGCUACUUGGAGCGAGCAGAUGCCAAAGUCCCAUCGGAGCUGUACGAGUUCACUGCAGGGGUUCUGGAAGCCAAAGAAGAUAAGAAGGCCACAAGUCCGCUUUGUCCGUACCUUAAGGCUUUUGGAUUUUGCAAAGACCAAAGGAUCUGUCCUGACCGACACCACAUUAACCCAGAAAUGGACAUGCCCAGGAAAUUAUCCAACCAAGCCCUGCCCGUGUCUGGAUACAUUAAAGUAAUACCAUUUUAUGUUUCAAAUGCAACAAAUUACUUUGGCCGUAUAAUUGACAAAUAUUUGGAUCUUUUUGCAACUCUUAAUGCCGAAAUGAAUGAAUAUUUUAAGGAUUCCAGUAAUAAAACAGCUGUUGAAAAGGUGGAGAAAUGUGGAUUGUAUGGAUUAGCAGAAAAAACACUUUUCCACAGGGUUCAGGUGUUGGAGAUGAGCCAGAAAGAAGACACUUGUGUCCUGAACAGCGUCCUGGUGAGGUUUGUCGACGAAGGCAGAACUGGACUCGUCCCCAGAGAGCAGCUGUGGCGCCUCCCGGAGCAGUUCUGCACGCUGCCGCCGCAGGCUGUGGAGUUCGUGGUUUGUAGAGUGAAGCCAGCAGAUAACGAAGUGGAGUGGAAUCCGAAGGUUACUAGGUACAUUCAUAAUAAAAUUGUUGGAAAGCUGCAUGAUGCAAAAGUGAUGCUGGCCCUGGGAAAUACAGUUUGGGUUGACCCAAUGGUGCAUGUUACAAAACUUUCAAAUUUGAAAACAUCUGUCAUUGAUUAUAAUGUUCGAGCUGAAAUUUUGUCAAUGGGAAUGGGCGUUGAUAAUUCAGGACAUGUGGAACGACUGAAAAAAUUAUACAAAGAAGCUAAAAUGCCAGCUUUUGAAGAACAUCUAACCCAGACCCCGACCGCGCCUUCGCCAGAGGAUGCUGCCAGUCUGCACUCCCAGCAGGGGGCCGGUGGCGCAGAAGGCGGCGCGGACGCGGAGACAAGCGCAGAAGACCCAAAGCCAGAAACGUUGUCUGCAAACACUGGAGACGCCCCCAUCAGCAAGCCCCCACAGCCACACGUGAAAAGCUUCCAUCCACAAAUAAAAUGGUUCCAGAAAGACGAUGUUGUCAUCUUGAAGAUACAAGUAAGGAAUGUCAAGGAUUACAGAUGUAAAUACUUCCGAGACAGGGUCGUUUUCAGCGCCUGGGUGGGAGACAAGUUCUACAGAGCUGAUUUGGAGCUGCAGGGCAGCAUCAGAAAAGACAGCUGCAGGUGCGUCAUCAGAAACGACGAGCCCGUGAUUACUCUGGCGAAAGAGAGAAGGGAGCCGUGGCGCGGCCUGCUCAGACACAGGAAUCCGAAUGUGGCUUUUGAUUUUGACCACUGGGAAGAGUGUGAAGAGGACAGCCACUUCUCCAAGGCUGUGACUUCUAAGAGGCUGCCCUGCAAAGUGGCAGAGGUGGUCGGACCCAGCAGCAGCGCUUCGGAGGCUGACGGGAGUGAGAGUGAGUGAGACUGAAGUCCCGCCGGCAGCCCGAGACUUGGAACAACCAUGGCUGUGGCCGUGUGUUGGAAGUUAAGAAAACAAGUGAUGCUACCCAAACCGUCUUUCACCUCAAGGAGGAAUUAUUGCCAAGGGUCAUCUUAUGCUUCAGGAUUGGUAAUGGUGACAGAUUUCCUGGUCAGUUAAAAACAGGCUGAUAAGACCAGCAUUGUGGCGCAGCAGGUUGGGCCUCCGCCUGCGACACUGACGUCCCAUAUGAAUGCUGGUUCCAAUCCUGGCUGUUCUACUUCUAAUCCAGCUCCCUGCUAAUGCUCCUGGGAAGGCAGCAAAGUACCGUGGGUACUUGGGCCCCUGCCACCCACGUGGGAUGGAGUCCUGGGCUCUUGGUUUCCAUCUGGCCCAUCCCUGGCUGUUGUGGCCAUUUGUGGAAUGAACCAGCAGAUGGAAGAUACUCUCUCCUCUCUCUUUCUCUCUCUCUUUCCCUCUCUUUCUGCCCCAGGGCUGUCACUCUGCCUUUCAAAUAAAUUUUAAACCGUGGUUGCUAUGAGAAGGUUGUCAGGAGGGUGGGAGCAGAGGAGCAGCGCGCUGGCCCUCCUGGCCUGGCUGUGCUGCCUGGCACAGCCGUCGCCUCAGCUCGUCCUGACGCACUCAGCUCUGAGUGGCAGCGCAGACCCUGCCACUCGGUGAGGAACGUGCAGGCCCGAGUCGGCCACUCGCUGCUCUCCCCUGCUGUGCUGAACAGCCUCGGACCUGCCCGUCGCCCUCUGCAGCGGCCUCGCGGGGGUCGCCAUAGCUGCCUCCGAGCACUACCGAUACCCACCCCGGCUCCUCCGAGUGGGUCUGCCUCGGAGCCGGGGUGAGUGCCGGGGGCCGCACAGUGCCUGCUGGCAGGCCCAGCGCCCUCUGGAGAGGCGGCUGCUGCUUCCGAGUGACCUGCGCUCCCAGGUUCUUUUGUGGCAGAAACUUUCAAGGACCUGCGUGGUGCCCAGAGGGGACUCAGAACACCUGCCGUGAUGACGGCCUCGUCCUCGGGGAAGGCGGCGUCACCGAGGUCUGGGAAGAAGCGUGGGCCGCCCCUCUGCUGCGGGCUUCUCUGCUCGUGGGGAAGGUUUAAGGUGAGCUGUUGGGAACCGUGAGGCCCCCUGGACUUCCUCGGCAGCAGCUGAGUGGGAAACGCGUUGGCCCAUCGCAGCUGCACGGACAUCUUGGUUCUUUACGUCCCGGAGCGCAGACGCCUGAGCGCACGUGGUCCGGUGAGCGGCCUUGGGUCAUACUCUGGCCCUCAGUUUCCUUAUCUGUAAAGCGAGGCCCUGCCCACCUCGGGGAGCCUGUGCAGAGCCAGAGCUGGCGCGUGCUCUGCGUGGGGGCUCUGGGGGCAGUGCCUUGCUGCUGCGCCUCUCACGGGGACUGCAGGUGGCAGGAGGCAGACCGGUCAGGAAGGGAGGGGUGGUUUCCUUGUCCUCAGCCGGUUGGUGAAGCUGUUGACUCCGCGGGGUGCCUCCUGUGUCAGCUGCUGCAGGCGGGGUCGUGGUGGACAGAGGCCCCGCGCCGUGUCCUGUGCUCACCAUGGCACAGGCUUGGGUUGGGUCGGCAAGGGGUUUUUUUUGCUGUCUGUGUCCCAGCCAAGCGGUGGGGUCCUGCCGUCCGAGAAGAGACUGCAGGCCAGCUCCCCCGUGCGGCUCAGCGUGAAAGCCCUGGGCAGGCAGCGGCUGGGUUUAAGCCUGUUUCUUUGUUCAGACGUUCAGCUUUUCCUGAUGUCUGUGAGCACGUGGUCACCGCCUUCCUGUACCGCUGUAGCGUCUGUACUGAUUUCAUGCGUUGAGUAAUUUCUUAGGCGCGAGGGGAAAGCACCUUUGUCGUGGCUUCUGAG